AUGCUGUACGAAAAGACACUGAACCGCAAGAUCAUGGGUGCAAAGCAAGAGACAAAAGAAGAGCACACUAACGGGCAUGCCAAUUCCGAGAACGGCCAAGACCUGAAUGGUGGAAAUGGACAUUCUCCAGAGAUUACGAAAGACGUACCUCAACAUUGGCUCAAACGUUUGUUUGCCCUUGUGCGAUCGAUAUUUUCAAGAAAGUCAAAGAAAGAAGUUGAGAAGGAGAAGGUGGGCGCUUCCAUGGGCAAGAUCCUCAACCUAAUGCGCAACGAUGUGUACGAGAUAGCGCAGCGUUUCUGGGACUUUGCCGAAAUCCUCACACAGCCUGCCGGAGCUAUUCUUGCGACGGUGCUAAUCUGGCGCAUGCUCGGAUGGGCUUGCCUGCUUGGCGUCGUUGCACUGGCCGGCUCACAGCUGGUAAACAUCGUCAUUGCUCGCUUCCAGAUCUACUUCGAGAAGAAGCGCAGAGUCGCGACAGAUGAGAAACUGCAGAGGACAACACAGUUCAUCGAAUCGAUACGACACCUGCGCUGGUAUGGCUGGCAAGAAUCUUGGAUGAAGGGCAUCCUAGAGUCCAGACAGACGGAACUGCAUCUUCGUGUCAUUCAAAUUAUGUUCUCAACAACACUGGCUUUCAUGCUGCGAUUCGGUUCCGGAUGUUUCCCAGCGAUCGCAUUUUUUGCGUACACACGAUGGGAGGGUAAGUCCUUGCAAGUCGACCUGAUAUUUCCUGCCAUCGAUCUCUUCAAUCUACUAGAAGGCUACCUCCGCGCCUUGCCACAGCUGGUCACGACGAUGCUUAAUGCCUACGUUGCCAUGAGUCGAAUCGAGGAAUUCAUGGCUGAGCCCGAUAAGGAACAAGCAGACGUCGUCCCAGAAGGAUCCGCAGACCUCAGUCUCCAAGGCGCUUCGUUUGCUUGGCCUGGUGUGGAGCAGAAUGUGCUCGAAAACAUCACAAUGGCAUUUCCACCAGGCUUGACCAUGGUAUACGGUGAGGUAGCUGCAGGUAAAACUGCAUUACUACAAGCCCUGAUGGGUGAGCUCGACAAGCGUGAAGGAGAGUUCAUACAACCAGACCAGGUCAUGGGAUAUUGCGCGCAAACCCCAUGGCUUCAGAGCAUGAACAUACGAGAGAACAUUUUGUUCUCGCAGCCAUACGAAGAAGCGCGAUACAAGCAGGUCCUCGAAGCUUGCGCAUUGCUGCCAGACAUGGCAGAGUUCAAGCAUGGCGAUCUAUCAAAUAUUGGAGAGAACGGUAUUGGCUUGUCAGGAGGACAAAAAGCUCGCGUUGCACUUGCACGUGCAGUGUAUAGCAGUGCCAAGGUCCUUCUUCUUGACGAUCCUCUUUCAGCACUUGAUCACCAAACAGCCGAGUACAUUGUAGAUAAGCUACUUGCCGGUCCGUUACUUGCGGGGAGAACGACCAUUCUUGUCACACAUCGCACAGAACUCUGUCGUGGUCUUGCGAAACAAUGGGUAGAGCUCCAGCAUGGGAAAGCUACGAUUCACGAGCCAACAGAAGAUGAAGAGAAUAAGCUAUCGCUACAACGCACGCAAACAAAUGAAUCCAUAUCUGAGGAAGAGGCCCAGCGGCGUAAAGAACAAGAAGCGGCAGCCAUUCCGGACAAGUUCAUCGAGGACGAAACACGCACGAAAGGCGGCGUGAAACUUUCCGUAUACUGGCGCUACAUUAAGGCUGGUACAUUGCGCUGGUGGUUUGUUGUCAUCCUGGUCAUGUUUGUAUAUCGCAUUCUCGACACGUUGCAAACCUGGUUCAUUAAAGCAUGGGGCGAAUCUUACACACAUCCGACAUCGAAGGGUAUUUUUGGCUACCUCCCUCCAGCGCAUGACGACGUCAUUCCAUGGCUGCAGACAUUUUUCUAUUUUGUCGUUGCCACAUCAAUUCUCUUCUGGUGGACAUACAUUAUCAUGUUUGGUGUGGGAUACCUUGCAGCGAAGUCCAUCUUCCAGAGAGCCAUUGAGCGUGUUGCACAUGCGACGUUCAGAUACUAUGAUGUUACACCGGUGGGUCGCCUGAUGAACCGGCUCACAAGUGACAUGAACACAGUCGAUGGAGGUUUGAGCAGUGCCUUCACAGUCUUUGUGUGGCAAUUUAUUGGAUGGUUCACUGCCGUUGCGAUCAUUUUGACAUCGACACCAGCAUUCCUGGCAUUCGGUGCUCUUCUCUGCUGUGGCUUUGUCUACUACUUCUUCCGCUUUCUGCCAACGUCGCAAAGCCUACGGCGACUUGAGAUGGUAUCUCUUUCCCCUCUGAUGUCCAAUUUCGGCGCACUUGUAGAGGGCCUCACUACCGUUCGCGCCUUCAACGCGCAGCCCCGGUUCCAGGAGCGCGUCAUCGAGGUUGUCGACAACUUCCAGAAGAAUGACCACUUCUACUGGUCUCUGCAAUCCUGGCUUGGACUGCGCUUCAGUCUCUUAUCCGCUAGCUCGACAUUGGCUAUGACGCUCAUUGCCAUAUACGUAGGCCUCAGUCCUGGCCUCACAGCUUUCGUCUUGAUCACGGCGAGUAAAUUUGUUGUACACACCGAGUACAUGUGCCGAAUCUAUGGUCAGCUAGAGAUGGACUUUACUAGUGUGGAGCGUGUGAUUGAGCUGCUGGAUAUCGAGAAAGAGGAGCCAGGUGUUGUCGACCCGCCUGCACAUUGGCCAACGUAUUCAGGCGACAUCGAGUUCGAAGACGCUACAGUUCGCUACGCACCCAACCUAGAACCUGCGCUACAGAACAUCACGCUCAAAAUCCCAGCUGGCAGCAACACCGCAGUCAUCGGACGCACAGGCUCAGGCAAGUCUACACUUGCUCUCUCUCUAUUGGCCACUAUCGCUGCCGAAAGUGGUACAAUUCGCAUCGACGGUAUCGACAUCUCCACCGUUAGCAAACAAGCACUGCGUAGCCGCGUCACUUUCCUCGCCCAGGAGCCCGUCCUCUUUCCCGGAAGCAUGCGCAAAAACCUCGAUCCCCUCGAUGAGUACUCCGAUGCCGCUUGCGAGUCUGUCCUUUCCAAGAUCGCAGGAAACCACAACUGGACUUUAUCCACCAAUGUCGAAGGUGGAGGCAAAGGUCUCUCACAGGGCCAGCGCCAACUCGUCGGUCUUGCGCGCGCAAUGCUAAGGCGAAGUCCUGUACUCAUCAUGGACGAGGCGACUGCAUCAAUUGAUUUUGAGACUGCGCAGCGCAUUCAGAGUGUGCUGAGAGAAGAGAUGAAGCAGAGUACUGUGAUCACUAUUGCGCAUCGCCUUGAGGCGGUUAAGAAUGCAGACUACUGUGUUGUACUGGGAAAGGGAAAAUUGAUCAAGGCCGGGAAGGCGGCGGAUAUGCUGAAGGAGGGAAGUGAGUUUAGUGGAAUGUUAGCGUAG